AGUAUUCAGAAGAAAUUAAACAUACUAAUUUGAAAUGGUAGAAAUUGCCUAGUAUUAAAAAUAUUUACUAUGUUUAAUUACAAAACAUUAUUGAUAGUUGUUGCUUUCUGAAGAACUUGGAUGAAUGGUGUAGUUUGGAAGUGUGUCUUCUCAGAGAAAGUGAUUACAAUAUCACCACACCUUUCUGACCGAAAGUGACGAUACUAAUGUGAGACUGCUAUUCUGACUACAACAUAUGAGAUAUCUUGAAUGGAAUCCAAUUCUAUGUUACAGAAAAGAAUGUCUGCUGUGUAUGUAUAAAAAAAGUCUUCGAUUCAUGUUAUAUUUUUAAUUUUUACUUAAAAUACAUUUUGAAUUUUCUACUCAUGAACAAACAAGAAAAAUGUAUGCUUCUGAAUUCCCAUGUUUACUUCUAGCACGUUUAAAAAAAAGCUCUUUUGAACAGCUGUUCGUAUAAAAAUGAAAUUACAUUUAUGCAGUGCUGCAAGAAGAUUAGCAAUUGUGAAUCUUUAAAAUGUCGAUCUCUGAUUGAAACUAAAGUUGCUUGGCUGUGAUUAAUUUUCUCGCUGCUUAGGCAAUGGAAAUUUCAUGUGCCUAUGAUUUAAGUGAUCAAGCAUUUUCUGCGCAGGAGAUUUUAAAGGAAGAUUCGACUCAUACAAAAGAAAAAUCGUAUGUAUGCGACAUUUGCACUAAAGCUUUUUCUCAGCAUUCUUGUUUAAAAUCACAUUUACUUACACACACGAAAAAGAAACUGUUUGCAUGUGAAGUGUGUAAAAAAAUAUUUACUAAAAAAUGCAGUUUAAUGGUGCAUUUACGAAGACAUACGAAUGAAAAACCUUUUGCAUGUGAUAUUUGCAAUAAAGCGUUUUCUGUGUCCAGUGUUUUACGAGUACAUUUACAGACACAUACGCAGGAGAAACCACAUACUUGCCACACGUGCAAUAGAACAUUUUCACUGAAAUCGAAUUUAAAACAACAUUUACGUACGCAUACGAACGAGAAACCGCAUGCAUGCGAUACUUGCAAUAAAGUGUUUUCUCAUUUGCCGAAUUUAACAAAACAUUUACGAACGCACAAUAACGAGAAACCUUUUGCAUGCGAUGUAUGUUGCAAAGCAUUUUCUACCAAAUCGAUUUUAAAAAAUCAUUUACUUACGCAUACGAAAGAAAAACCGUUUGCAUGUGACAUUUGCAGCAAAACUUUUUCUCGGCAGGAUGAUUUAAAUAGGCAUUUACGAACACAUACGGGGGAGAAACCAUAUUUGUGUUCGAUUUGCGGUCGAGCAUUUUCUUGGCAGUCGCAUUUAAAGAGACAUUUACGAAUGCAUACAAAAGAGAAACCAUUUGUAUGCGAUAUCUGUAAUAAAGCAAUGACUGAAAAAUGGAGUUUAAUUAAACAUUUACGAACACAUACGAAAGAGAAACCGUUUAAAUGAUAUAUGAACUAAAAUGUUUUUUCAAUUAUCCAAUUUAUUUAUCAUGUUUACAAAUAAGAAAUCGUUUGAAAUCAUGAGAAAACAUUUACAAACUCGUAUGAUAGAGAACUUGUAUGAAUUCAACAUUUGUAAACAAACAUUUUCUUAGCAUUCUCAUCCAAGGCCGUGUUUAUGGAUGCAUACGAAAGAGCAGUAAUUUGAAUGUGACUUUUAUAGUGAAAAUUUUCUUACCCUGCUGCUAAGAUACAUCUCCUUAUACAUGUUUAAGAAAAAGCGUGUACCAUAUUUCUGUGAAAUCUGGUGAUGUAUUUUCACAGGCAAGGGAUUUCAACAGACUUUUAUUGACACUUCCAAGAGAAAUUAUACGUCUGAUAUAGUGUGAUGAAGUGUUUAAAA